CAGAAGCUCUCUCAACAGUAACAACUGUUAAAUCAACAAUCCAACAAUGCUUGCUAAGUUUGUUAUCCUUUUCGCCCUUGCGGCAUUUGUAGCUGCGGAUUACUCUCAGUUUUCGUACGGUGUAGCGGACCCUUACACCGGUGACUACAAGAGUCAGAUCGAGAGCCGCGCCGGAGACAGGGUACUGGGCCAGUACUCCCUGCUCGAUGCUGAUGGCACCCGCAGGACUGUCGACUAUGCCGCUGGCGCUGAGGGCUUCAACGCUAACGUCAGGAAGGACCCCGCCCUCAUCGCUGCUGCGCCCCUGGCGUACGGUGCACCCGCCUACCCAUACGGAUACGGAUACAAUAACCUUGGUUACGGAUACAACUUGGGUUAUGGAUAUGGUGCCCCAGGAUACGCUGGCCCAUACGCUUUCAGACGAUUCUACUGAAGAAACGGAUUGUAAUAAAUUACG